GGUACCGGUGUAAUUAGCGAAUGGGUGCCAACUAUAUCUCUGUGCACGCUUUGCUUGCUACGCCCAAACUAACUCGCAACUGGUAUUUCAAGUGAAUAUAUACACAUGUAUCUAAAUUUAGACCUGGUGAAUAUCAUUAAAUUUACCUGUAUGGAAACAAGUUAGGAAUAAAAUUAUAUACAUGUACAUUUAACUCUUUUGUACAAGGUUAAAACUAGGGAAAGUAGUUUGGACAUAAAAUGUGAAACUUAAAAGAACUUUAAAUAAUAAUGAUUAAUAAUAAUAAUGAUUGGUUUUAUAUAGCGCCUUUUCCAGCGUAUGCUGCUUGAAGCGCUUUACUGUAAUCAAUGUGCAUUAUUACUCCGGCAGACCUUAUAUCAAUUUAGAACUUUCUCAGCCUCCUAGGAAGCAUACAGUGCAAGCUGCCAUUACAAGCGCUAGAGCACUAACAUUCUAACAAUAUCGUUCACUGUCUAUAGCCAGGUACCCCUUUUACACUUGGGUGGAGCGAGGAAAUUCAUGUAAAGUGCCUUUCCCAAGGACAUAACGUCAGCCCUGCCGCUGCCAGGACUCGAAUCUACGACCUUUCGGUCGAGAGUCUGACGGCCUAACCACUAGGCCACCGACGCCACAUAAGACACCUCAUUCCAGUUCUGUAUUUGUUACUUUUAUGCGAAAAGUUGAUCGUUAACCUUGCAAGCGCGUCACAUUUGAAAUGAUUGUGUUCUGAAUCAAUUGAUGGAUAUUGAACGAAAUUUGUCUUAAUUAUUGAUAACUCUGUUCAAGCACAUUUUUAUUUUAAAAGAAAUGAAUUUCAUGUUUGUAUAGACAGGGAAUAAAUGUGACGCUUCACUCUCGGAGACUUCAUGAACAGCAUCAGCUCGAACAAGACAAAUACUAACCCCUGGGUAUACCAGUGGUGGGAUUAGGUGCCUAGGAGGAGUACGCAUCCCCUGUCGACCGGUCACACCUGCCGUAAAUCUAUCUUUAUCAAGUAUAAAUGUUAUGAAUUAUUACACACUUUCGUAUGGUGAUUAUGGUGCAUAUUUCGUAGUAAUUAAAAAUGAAAUUUAUACAACACAAAUAUAUAUUCCUCAACAUUUUUUACGUGUCACUUCAAAUAGGAAGGACGUUUCACCGGAUAUUUCAUUUCAGCACAUAUCCAAAUCAACUUUCCUGUUUGGGAAGGUAAGUCAGUACUAUUAGAAUGUUCGGGAACGUUUCCAUAUUCAGAAUAGCUUAUGAUACUGGUUUUGGUAAUGUAAUGUUAUGAUGUGCAUAAUCCGCUUUUAUUUGGUGGUGCUGUUGAAUAGUUUAUUUGUGAUAUCACUUGCUCAGAUAUAUAAUCCUGGGGUCUGCUCAAAUGAAGACGAACCUCUACAAUGUUGUCUAAAUUACAAAAUACGUGGUGAUUCAUGUGAAGAAUGUUGGCCAGGCACGUUUGGCAUAGAUUGUGAGGACUGUCCUGAAGGGUUCUAUGGACGUUUUUGUAUAGAAGUCUGUAAUUGUUCUUCGUGUGACAAGGUCUCUGGGUGUCAGCCGAAUUCAACUCAGACUGAUAAGGAUAUCAAUUUUAUUUCAGAUAAUUCCAAUAAUGAGAGCGUUAUCAUUGGUUCAUCAUUGGCAGGAAGUCUUACUUUCAUAAUAGUUAUCGUCAUCUACUGCAAAAAGAGCAGAAACAGAACCUUAAUGACUCCAGAUUCAUUUAUUCAAAAAGGCGGAUUACAAGUCAGUACGAUACCAUUGAAUCGAUUCCCUCAACUCAGUCCAUCUUCCAGUAACGAAGCUAAUAGUGGCGAUCCAGAAUCAACAUUUCACGGCGGGAAGUUUGAACCGUUAGAACCUCAAAUGUGUUGUCAGCAAAAUGAUUUUACUGAUAAUUCGAUAAGUUCAAAAGAGAAUAGUCAUGCUAAGCUGUUGUCAUCAGACAGUGUGUACUGUCAUAUGAACAUGGAAGUCGACCAUUACGACAUAAUAGAUUUGCCAUUCGAUAGUAGUCAGGAAACUGAUGAAGACUUCUACUCUCCACACAGUUCAAACAGUUGUUGCAAUAAUACAGACUCGGGGUGUUCAUCGAAAAACAGCGAAAAUGGAUCUUUAUUGUCCGUAAAGCAGUGCAGCGAAACUCUAAACAAAAAUUCACAAACAGCAGAUAUAUUUGGAACCCAUGACAUCCGCGAAAUAGGACAUUUUAAAACUGGUAUGAUGAAGAAAAAUGGAAUUUCAUCAGUAAAGGUGAAGAUAGAAGCAAUGCACUUAGAAGAAUUGUCAAGAAAAUUGCGUAACUUUCAACAGUACCCUGAAGAUACCGAAUUCAAUGAUUUGGUGUAGUUUAAAGUUGCAUUCAUAUGCAAACAACCUCAUACAAAUAGAAAAAUACUAAAAAACAGAUGAACCUCAUCCGGACAAAUACUGAGAUACUGAGGAACAUCAUACAGAAAAUACUGAGAUACCGAUAUAUUGACGCGCCUUUUACAAAGAAAUACUUUUUUCCUUCCACGGAGAUUGCAGACAUCAAGAAAUUAAGAUAUUGAAAGAUUCCAAUUUAGAAUUUUGAAUUAGCUAUGACAGAAAUUCACAUUUUAAAAUGGUUUGAUUUAUAUUGGAUCAUUGUAUAAAGCGCUGUUUUCGUAUGUAUGCAGCUAGUGACACCUGGCGCACUGGAUUUAUGGGUUACGAGUUUGUGAAUAUACUACAUAGUUUUACAUUUCUCUGCAUCGCCAACGUAUUGUUUUUCUUUUAUUUCACAAUAACAUUAAUACUAUUAUAUUCCCCGACACGUCACUGCGAAUCAAAGAUGAAGCAAAGCACAAACUUCCAAAGCAAAAUUCCUAUUUAACUGCCAGUCCUAAGGUGCCGAGGUGCAAUUAUUAUGUCAAGAUAGUAGCUUCCACAGUUGAAAAGGACGGUGUUGUAUCAGUUCAGAGUUUUACUUUUACCGAUCGUUUUCGAUCAGUGGUCAAAUCAUUCGUAUCGUGAAGAAAGUCAGUGAUUAAUCUCUUGUAUUCACCAAAGGUGACUUUAGAAGUGAGAGUCAUGGGUCUUUUAAAUGAGACUUUACAAACCAAGGUACCAUGUUUCGUUUGGCGUUGAUAAAAUAAACUCAACCAAUGUUAGCGGUCUGAGCACCAUGCGUAGGUCUAAAUUUGUGACACUUCAUUUGCAGCUGAUGGCAUCCGAAUUCUAGGGAAAAAAUACAAAGAAACAAACAUUUAAAAAGCAUAUUUCUUUCAUUUGUAAAAUAACAGGAAACAGAUGUGCAGAUAUAUUUUCACAACACGCUUGUGCUAUUAGUAUAUAUUUUCAAAUUGCAUUGCUUGACAUUCUUACGUUUCCUGAAAAUUGUUUAUCCUUUCCAGUUUUUAUUCAUAGCACAACAAUACAAAAAUUAGUCUGGAAAUAAAGUUCACAGUUACAGAAA